UUGUAAAGCCGUUGAUUUUUUUUUUUUUUUUUUUUAAUAUAUUUCUCUUCUUCUGCGACGCGUGCGCAAUAAACGAGUGACUCGAUGAGUUCCAAGAGUUUGUUGGUUGGAACGACGAGACACCUUUGCAACUGGUUUUAUAGUAAAAGCGAGCAACCAAGCAACUAAUAAUCACCUGCAAGUAAACGUGCAAUAAUAAAUAAUAAUAGAAACAUUCCGUUCGCUUUAUGUCUUGUAAAAUUAUGAGAAGUGUUUUUUUAAAUAUACACUAAAACGGUAUUUCAAAAAUAGAAUAACAAAUUAUUUAAAAAUACAUUGACAAUAACACAACGUUAUAAAAGACAUACCGUAGUUAUCUGUCUAGUAUUUAACCAAAGAUUAUUUCGCAUUAAAUAAUAUUAUUAUAAAUAACUCGCCAUAUAAAUAGAAAUAAUAUCGUCGUUACAUCCAGUAUGUAAUUACAAAUAUAAUUAUUAUCGUCAUAAUCAUCAUAUCAAUUCAUAGUUCCGUACAUACCUGGUAUCCGAGUUCAAAUAAAGACUGCCAAAAUAAAAACACCAAAUAAUAACAAUUGUAACUAAGAUUGUUAUUAUUGUUGUUGUGAUUCUUAUUGUUAUUAUCAUCAUUGUUAUCGUUAUUGUAAAUCAGAAAACUAUAUCGCAACGGAUCAUUUCUACAAUUUUUUUUCACCUAAACAAAUGACUAAAUAACGGUACUUAAUAUUAAACGAAAUUAAAUCAUUUUACAUUUAAUAUAAAUACCUGAGUAUUUACAUUACACAUCAUACAUAUAUGCGAUUGCUAAGGGCACUUCUACUCCGUUUCAGGUAACCAUACGGUGAUGGGGAGUUUUACAUCGGCUCCCAAAAUUCUCAACGAGGAUGCUCAGGAUUCUGAUAUCGCCCUACCAUCCAGAAUGACGCGUUCAGAAAUUCUUGAAAGAUGUAGAUGCGAAUGUGUACAACCACUUCUUAGACGUUCUUUCAAAGGCGUUGUUAAAGAUGUCGGUGUUAAUAUAGCGGACGAUUUUAAAAUUCUUCAAAUUAACGGCGUCUCCAAAAUGUGCGUACAGCCAUUGAACAGUCCAGAUCAUAUCAGAAUAUUCCAAUGGAACGUCUUGUCGCAAUCGCUGGGAACGACGAGCGACAGUUUCAUUUGUUGUCCGGACGAUGCUUUGGAGUGGGCGAAUCGUCGCUACCAAAUCGUUCAAGAAAUCCUUGAGUACGCCCCGGAUGUGAUAUGCCUCCAAGAAGUGGAUCAUUUCAAAUUCUUGAAAACUUGUUUAGAGACUCAGGGUUACGGUGGAAUGUUUUUUCCAAAACCAGACUCACCCUGUUUGUAUCUUGACGGAAAUAACGGACCGGACGGAUGCGCAGUUUUUUAUAGACGUGAUAAAUUUGAUUUCGUUAAAUCGGAUACGAGAGUCCUAGAAGUUUGGAGGGUUCAGAGCAAUCAGGUCGCCGUUGCUGUUGUCCUGAGAGUAAAAGAAACCGGAAGGGAAUUUUUGGUUGCUGGAACCCACUUGAAAGCCAGAAGUGGCGCGCUUUUGUCUACUUUGCGAAAUGAGCAGGGAAAGGACCUUUUAGAUUUUGUUAGUUCAACCGCAGAAGGAAGACCCGUCAUACUUUGUGGAGAUUUCAAUGCGGAACCGAGCGAGCCGAUUUAUAGAACGGUUUUGAGCCACCAGGAACUCAAUCUAGGAAGCGCUUAUGCAGAUUUUUCGUGCGAAACGGACAUUCCUUCCAUCGACAGAGAACCGCCUUAUACAACGUGGAAGGUCAGGGACGAGGGUGAAGUUUGUCACACUAUAGACUACGUUUUUUACAACAAAGAUGUUUUCGCCGUCAACGCUAUACUUCAGUUUCCGACUUCGGAUGAUAUUGGAGAGGGGAGAGUACCCUCGUUUCGGUAUCCUAGCGACCAUUUCUCACUAUGCUGCGACUUACGGUUUCACGAUCAAGAGAAAUCCGAACAAUCACAUGCGGAAGAACUGGAAGGAACUAGCAGCUUAUAGAAAUUUGUAACAUUAACUGUAGAAAUUUUGUUCCUCAAUUUAUUAUCAUUAAUAAUAUUACUGUUAUUAUUUUUCGUAACGCUUAUGAAAGUUUUCUAGAAGAAAAAACAAGUCGAUCUUGAAAAAUCCCAUGAGGUUGAUCGCUAAAAACUUCGAGCGCACACCAGAUUCCGUGAUAUCGAAGGGUUUUGACAAAUCGAUUGCGAAGAUUUUUUCAAAAUAUUUCACGUGAUCUCAGGAAUUUUUUGGAAUAUCUCAGUGACUGGUGUACAGUAGAUUUUAAGGGUAUAUAAUUUUAAUUCAUCGCAUAAUUAAUCGUUGCAAUUAUGAUAAAAAUAUACGUGCCUUUUGGUUUCUUUUUUUUUUCUCGCCGUCAAGAUGAUGAAUUUCUAUGCGGAAGGAAAAAGAAACACGAAGAAAAACCGUUGUUGUUGUUAUAAUAUUAUUGUCAUAGAAAUUAGCUGAAUUUUCCCGACCCCACAACAAUUUUUCAUAUUACUUUUAAUAAUGUAAUUAGACAGAAAUUAGGUGUAAUUCGUACUUGUACAUACAUGCCAAAGCCGAAUCUCUGUAAUAUACCUUUAGGUAGAUAAAAAUUUCCACGCCAAA